AUGUCGGAGCAAGAACGUGCCGCGCUGACUAAUUUAGCGGACAGUUGUGCUAAUGAAGAACAGUGUUAUGAGAAAAUCUUAGCCAUCGUCGUGAAAGAUGCUGAGCCAGCAACGGCAUGCUACCGGGUGCUGAAACUAAAUUCCCUUCCACUGUUUAAGACGUAUCUUUCGUCCACCGGCCUUGACGAAACGGCACUGUUUCAGUGCAUGGCAAGCGCAAUUAUUAGCCUGAGUGUUAGAAAUGUUGCUCUUUCGAACGAGCUCGAUUUGUACGUCAAGUGGAAACUGUCCGACUACGGGUACCGGAAGCUGACGGGCAAUUGGAAUUGUAGUGCAGCUGCAGCCGGUUGGAAGAGUCACAUCGGUGUGAUAAGCCAAUGCUGGGACGAUAUAGUGAAGCACAAGUACAACGCAAACGAUAACGUAGACGACCGGUUCCUGCAUCGUGUGCAUACCAUGCACAACCAUUUAUAUUUUAUCAGACUGAAGACGUUUCUCAAACACCUACCAGUGAUGGAAACAUUGUUUUGUUUGGCCAUUUUUAUGAAUAUACACAAAAAUCCCGCUGCCUAUCGUCCCUAUCGUCUGCUAAUCUGCAAGCGGUUCAUUGUCGAAUGUUUGGAAGCGAUCGUAUGCCAGCUGAAGCACAUGCAGGCAGUACUCGAACAAAUCGAACUGCAGCUAAGCAACAUUGUUAGGCCCGAAGCGUGGGCUAACGGUGAGCUGGCCAACGGGUUGGCUACCUUAAAAAGAGAUGAAACGAUCGGUAAGAUCGAAAGCACCCUACCGUGUGUGGUUCAUCCGAAGAACGUGUGCGAACGAAUAAUGGCCGGAAUGAGAAGGAAAACACCGAUAGAAGCGAUCGUUACUAGCAUCGUGGCAGACGAAACGUUUCACUUACCGGAGGAUCCAACGUUACAUCCUGGCACACUGGAAGCGAUCCGCGGCUGCUACAGUCAAAUGAAGUUGCUCUAUUUGAUGAUGAAAAUGCACAAGCAUAUUUCGUACAUUGCGCAGACCGAUCUAGCAAAUCAAGCGCAUGCAUUACCUUCCCUGGAGCGUUCGAUGAUGAUGGUCGGUGAAGCGUUUAACGAAUUGAACAAGCUCGAUCUGCCUGACAGUGCAGUACUGCUGGCUGGUAGGUUUAAGAAGAGUAGUAUCUUUCGUCGAAACUUUUACACGCACAGUUUGGCUAUGUUCAAAAAACGGCCUGACGAGAUCUUGUUGAAAUACUGGUCAAACUAUAUGCAUGCGAUCCGGCUGAUUGUGGUGCUGAUGCUGGCUGUUAUUGCUGCCGAAAUUCGGCUCACUUUCUAUCGUAAGCUGCACCGGUGUGAGACACUGGGUACGCUCCGUGCGCUACUGAUCUAUACCGGCGAGAGUGAUUGUUUCCGAGAGUCAGAAAACGAAUGGUACGAGAAUGUGUCGAAUAAUCCUAAACAAGGCCGUAUACGACUGGAGCAAAUGUUUGCAAACACAACGAACAGCAAGCAUCAUAUAUUGGAUGAAACUUACGAAAAUUUGGUAAAAUUUCAAGGUUCCGCUAAAGAAGUGCUUCAAAAAUUGAAAGCAAUUGAAGGCCGAUUCGACUACGAGAGUGUACGUAAAACGUGUUUCGCUAGUGGAGAUCUGUUUGUCAUAAAAAAUUUAUUGCUGUGGAAGUUGCAGGAGCACAUCCUGCCCAAAAACAGCAUAAAAGUAAAGCAAAUCAUACUAGAACUAAUCUGCAAUGGAGAAAUAAUUGAGCUUCCAGAAUCGACACCUUUCGACUUUGUUGAUCAACAAAUUUUUCUCAACCAUUUCGCUCCUUUGGGUUUACAGAUAAUGCACUACAGAGAGUCGGUGGUAAACUUUAUCAAUAAACUAAAUAAAGGCAACCGAUCGGUGGACGAUAACGGAUGGAACAAGCUGCACGAUAAGUUAAAUCCUUACUAUGGCAACAUUUUUCGACUUGACAAAAAGUGGACCGUGCUGAAAGAUUUUUGCACUGAGCUUGAAAUAAGGUGGGACAGCAAGUUAGCGUCUAAACUUCGGCAAAAGGAUCUGCUGCUUUUGCAAGCACUGUUUGACGAGCGGCGUAAAAGAUUGCGCACGCUGUUCGAGCAGUGUGCCAUCCGAACGGAGGAUGAUCUAGUGCACAAGCUGUUCGAAAUUCCGCUGCACGUUCGAGCGGCCAUGGAGUACAUACAGGGGGAGAUGUGUAAAAUGUUGCUGACGGUUAAGUACUUUGGCGACAACUUUCCCGCAUUGACACAUUCGCUGCCGAUGCUUCAGGGUAAAAGCUAUCGCAACUAUCUAGCGCACGACGGGCUGUCCUACGAUCUGGUGACAAGCAGUGGCGAUGAAAAGUGUCUAAUAAAUGCGUUCGUGUUUGCCAACAGAUCGGUCGAGCUGUUCUCGGUAAGGUCCAAGGUGCCCACGCUGAACUUUCCAUCGUUUGCGGAUGCGGUGCUAUGGAUCGAUCAGCAGCAGGAACUACGAUCGGCGAUCGAGUCAGGUGAUGUGCAGCAAGCAGAGGCAAAGCUGAAAGCAGGUGCAGAAAUUAAGGGUAAAUAUUACUGCUCGCUGGACGUUCGCUACCAGCCAACGAAGCACCACACUCUGGCAGAUUUGGUCGAAUGGUCCAACCAAGCAACAGCACCGGUUUUGGCACUGCUGAGCCACUAUUUUCCGACCUUCCGUGCGGACUUGCAUAGUGUACAACGGCUCAUCAGCAACGCACUGGCACGCCGUGACUUUGAAGCAGCGUACGGGUUGAUUUUUGAAAAGCAAGAAUUGCGGAAAGAAUUAUUAGCCUGGCCCAGCUUACCGCUGAAGUACGCGGAAGUUUUAAUAACGAAGGAAGGGUGGGCUAAUGUACUGAAAGAAUUGUUCGACUGCGGAAACAGUCCGGUAGCGCUGGAAGUAAUGAAGCGCCACGAGCAUUUGCUUGCAGCAAGGACCGAUCCUACCGUUGCCCUGAUGAACGAUCUGCUGCAACAUGCAAUGUUUCGCGACCUGCCAGAGUGCCGUAACGCUUUGCUCUCGCGAAUGAGCUGCCGUUUACUACCGGAAACACUAGAGCUCGCAAUUGCCAUACACUGGGCGGACUUGAUGAAGUAUGAUGCUGCCAAACGCGUGCUUGAUGAUGCUUUAAAUUGUGGAACUUUGCUGUGUGCAGCCGUAAUGGUGUCCAACUUUCAGGCUAUGGAAUAUUUUUUGAACCGUGGACAUCAUAAGGAAUGUUACUAUGCAGCUGUUUGCUACGGUACCACACCGGUGUUGGAACAUUUGCUUAGACACUUCCCCGUUGAGGAUGAUAAGCUCCUAUCCGAACUGCUUUCAGCAGCGUCUGGUAUUAAAAUUUGGAGCUGUGUUCGAUUGCUGUUAGAGAAGGAUGUUUGUGCUGGUAAUGCGCUGCCCAUACUCGUUCGGCACGGUAUGGUAGAUCUUAUCCGGUGUAUCAAACGGCUAGACUAUGUAGAAUUCUGGAACGCUACCUCCACACAUCCAUUUCUUAUAGCGUCUAAGUACGACAAGCUAUCGGAUGAAAUGUUCGACGUGAUCCGAUCGCUUGGUUUCUGCUGUUUUGAUAAUACCGAGGUACUGCAUGAAAUGGUUAAGCAAGGAAGAUGGAGUUCGAUUUGUGAGGACCUAACCUGUCAGCUUUCGAACCGUUCGCCAUCGCUCACCGUUCACUGUGAACAGAUGAUGAAUGUGCUGUCCCGUUGGAAAAAGAUCGCCCUUUUCGAAAAGCCGUUCGAGGGAAAAACUACAUUAAGCAUUGUACUGGAGGCACCGAACACAUUUGAAACUGUCAGUAGAGUGUUAGAGUUGGCUCGUGACAUGCGCAGGCUGGAAGAUUUGGUGCUGAGCGAUAUAGCUAUUGGAAAGGACACAACGAUUGUACGGUAUGGUUGUGAGCGGUACGGGAAGGUGAUUGUGGAUAGUUGCAACGGAAUCAUGCAAAAAAUAGAAGGUCUUCGUAACGCUCCAGGUGCGUUGCAGUGGCAAGACUUUACGAUGGACAUCUACAAGGCGUCGGUUAUGAAGUUCAGUGUUCUUGGUGCAACAAACGGGAAUCUUGAGCUUCUACAGACUCAGCUACAGAUAAGCGGCUCAACGUUAGCUGACAAGCUGCUAAGUUUUCGAACUAUUACGGAUGAAUUAUUCGGCAAGGAUUCUACAGUUUAUGCAACGCUAGCGACAGAUUCCCAUACUUUAGUUUUCUUCAAAAUCGACGAAUGGUGUUGCGUGUACGAUCGCUACCCUUUAGACAGUACGGUUGAUCUUUCGAGCGUGGUGAAUGCAACGCUACUGAACAGAAGAACCAUUCUGCAAAAUGCUAUUUGUCACAAAUGCCAUCUGGACGUGGUUAAGCUGCUGAUGAAAAAUGGUGCCAAUCUUUUGCUGGCAGACGAUUACCGCACUCUAUCUGAUGGAAAUGUGUAA